CUUCCUCCAGUCCCACAGCUGAGGGCAUUGAUGUGAGCGCAGAGGCUUUCUGUUUUUUUACGCGCACUUCUUCCCCCAUCUACUCACCUUCACACACGGAGCACUAAUCCACCUUCUCACCUUUAGUUUUUUAGCGGCUGUGUCUUGUGUUUCCUUUUUUCUUUCUUCCUAUUUUUCCUCCUUUUAUGAAUGAUUCUCUCUCGCAGUCCUGCUGCCAAACUCUGCUCGGAUUCCUCCUCGUCCAACGCACGACCUCACCUCGGCACAUCUUCUCUCCUCAAGCUCCGGCGCCACCAGGACUUCCACUGCAGCUUCAGACGCACUUGGGGGAAAUUUCACUCGACGAGGAAGAACCUGAUAGUUUGUUCAGCAGCAGCUUCAGCAGCAGCAGCUCAGACCGAAACCAUGAGCCUGAAGACAGAGGCAGAGCCGAACAACAACGUUUCAAUCGAGGAGGAGGUACGAACCCUGUUUGUCAGCGGCCUGCCGGUGGAUAUCAAACCACGAGAACUUUACCUGCUCUUCAGACCUUUUAAGGGUUAUGAAGGGUCACUGAUUAAGUUAACAUCAAAACAGCCUGUCGGGUUUGUAACCUUCGACAGUCGAUCUGGAGCUGAAGCUGCUAAAAAUGCACUAAAUGGAAUCCGUUUUGACCCCGAAAGCCCCCAGACCCUGCGCUUAGAGUUUGCUAAAGCCAACACGAAGAUGGCAAAGAGUAAGCUGAUGGCCACACCGAACCCCACAAAUAUCCACCCCGCUCUAGGAGCUCACUUCAUUGCACGGGACCCAUAUGACCUGACGGGGGCAGCACUGAUCCCAGCGUCCCCAGAUGCCUGGACCCCGUACCCCCUGUACACCACGGAGCUGACCCCCGGCCUCCCCCACGCUGCCUUCACUUACCCAGCAGCCGCCGCCGCUGCUGCCGCCCUCCACGCCCAGAUGCGCUGGUACCCUACUCCCUCUGAGACUUCCCAGCCUGGAUGGAAGUCCCGGCAGUUUUGUUAGAUAUUUAGCCUCUGGAAACCACACCUUUGUCCAGCUGAAGUGAGGUUUGCCAAGCUCUUCAUUAAUUUAAUCAGGUUUAUUUAAUGGACAGAUGUGCAUUAUUAUAAACAAACAGUAUUUAUAUCUCCUCCCGAUUGUCUCUGGGGGGAGUCUGAGUUAAAACCAUCUUGCUGUCGACAAUCUAAGCUCAUCCUUGGCAACUAUUGCGGUACCAUCUUAGCACUUCAAAAUAAAAGCCUCAUGCAAAACCCGUUCAAACUCCAUGGAUCAUACUUGCUGAGGGAAAAUUGCCGCAUUGUUAAGCUAGUCCUUCCUCGGGUCGCCGCUGCUCUGGGGGGUUUAGAAGCGUUAAGAGUCAUUGCAUGUUCAAGUCUUUUUGGCAUGAAUUUAGAACGCAGAGUUCUGUGUAUCCUAAUUUUCUUAGUGUUUGUGUUGCCGUGUUCUCGGCCUAGACAGCGACAUGUUUUGUUUUCUGUAGAACCUUGGUCUUACCUCUGUGGACGCUAGGCUGUUGUGUAAAUGGCUUAUCUCGCAUGGACCUUGUGAAUGCAUCCCUGACGUUCUGACAAUCCCAGUCCUGAUGAUCAUAUCAAUGUCUGUCAUUAUUUGAGCAAAAAAGGAAAGUACAGAUGUUCUUGUACUUCUUUUUGCGUAAUGUAUAUUUAUGCAUUUUUGUGCAACUAAAUAAUGAACCUGUAUAAGUUGGAUGUUUAGUCGUCUCUUGUGUUCUUUGGUGUUAAUUUUUGAUCCUAUAAUCCUGUUGAAGUAGUUUUAAAGAAGAAAAAGUGCAAUUUGUUUAAAGGGGAAGUGGGUAUCUGUCAAAAUAAAAUAAAAAAAAUAAACGGAAGUAUUCUGAAGGUGGCUUGUGCCAUUCUGCUAACAUGAGAUUGCUGUAAAACGAUCUUUCCAGAAUGUGAAACUGGACUACAAACGUGAAGGGUUGCUUUUUGGGGGCCAUUUUGAAAUGGGAAGCAGGAUUAGACUGAUGGAGGAAUUUAGUUUGUGGUUUAGAAACAUGUUUGUCUUUGUAUCUGCUGUGCAUAAGAUGUAAAACAAAAAAAAAAACAAUAAUCCCAUCUUAUGAAUAAAAGAAGUGAAUGCA